UCCAUCACCGGCAGCACCAAUGUAGGAGACACUCUGCCCUCGGGGCAGCUCUCCAAUGUGCCGUGGAGACGCACCGGCGUGCGCUACACCAACAACGAGGCGUACUUCGACGUGAUAGAGGAGGUGGAUGCCAUCAUUGAUCGCUCUGGCUCCACGGUGACGGCUGAGAUUCAGGGCGUGAUUGACGCUUGUGUGAAGCUCACGGGGAUGCCUGACCUCACACUCUCCUUCAUGAACCCGCGUCUGCUGGACGAUGUGAGUUUCCACCCGUGCGUGCGCUUCAAGCGCUGGGAGUCUGAGCGCGUUCUCUCCUUCAUCCCUCCCGACGGGAACUUCCGGCUCAUCUCCUAUCACGUCUCCUCGCAGAGCCUGGUGUCCGUGCCCGUGUGCGUGCGCCACUCGGUGUCGUUCCGUGAGGGCGGUGGCGGCGGCGGGCGUCUGGAGCUGACGCUGGGGCCUCGGCACAGCGGCGGGAAGACGCUGGAGGCGGUCGUCGUCACGGCGACGCUGCCGCCCCCCGUGCUUGCCGUGGCGCUCACGGCAACGCAGGGGACCCACGCCUUCGACCCCGUCUCCAAGGUCCUGACGUGGGACAUUGGGAAGAUUAAUCCCCAGAAGCUGCCGACCAUCAAGGGCUCCCUGACACUGCAGUCCGGAGCACCGAAGCCCGAGGAGAAUCCCGUCAUCAACGUCCACUUCAAGAUCCAGCAGUUCGCCAUUUCAGGGUUGAAAGUGAACCGUCUGGACCUCUAUGGGGAGAAGUACAAGCCAUUCAAAGGGGUGAAAUAUCUCACCAAGGCUGGGCGCUUCCAAGUCCGCACCUAGACACACAGAGAGACACGGGCAGACACACACACUCCAUGGGACGUAGAUACGCACAGGAACACAGGGACGCAAAGACGUGGACAGGGAUACGGGAGAUGGAACACACACGGGGGACCUAAAGGUGGACACGGAAACAUACGGAGAGACGCAGUAAGACACGGGGACAGAGAGGCUCAUGGUAACAUGGCGAAACAGGGAGACCGCUCAGAGGAAUACGAGUGCAGAGAUACACGGGGAUGAACGGAGACUUGGGAAGACAUGGGGAUACAGAGACUCACUUGGAGACACACAGACACAUGGAUACACACGGGGAACAAUGUAUACACAGGGGGACACUGAAAAACAUUGGAACAUGCUGAGACACACGGAGACACACUAGGUCACACGGAGACACCAUACGGGGUCACGUGGUGACACACUGGGUCACGUGCACUGGGUCACAUGGAUACACACUGGGUCACGUGGAGACACAUUGGGGUCAAGUUGAGACAUGGGGUCACAGAGAAACACGUGGAGACACGGGGACCAAUGGAGAGUUGGCUGAGGUGCAGUGUUUGUGUGAAUAAAUGUGCAAUGUGUGAAGUAA